ACCUGGAAGCGAUUUACUUCACGGAUCUUCUCCUGUUCGUGAACAGCGCCAGGCAUUAACAAUGAUGCCUCAUUUUGGACUACUCUUUGAUCUCCUUGUCGCUCCAAUUACUCCUCUAUCAAUUGACUCGAUUAACAUCCAGGAAGAUCGACAGAGUCUUGCUCCAUGGAGUGAUCGUCCAUCCUUACUCUUUGUUCUCCCUUUUGAACUCGUUUUAACGAUGUACUUGUGUGGGUUUCCUCAAGUGCUUAGAAAUCGGAAAGCUUCACCCCCUCUCACGACCUGCCCUCUGCCAUGUAGGUAGCGGUGACGCAGAGGGAUCUAAUGACUUUAGAACCAAUACCUCAAGGCCUUAUAUUCUAUGCCCAAUUCCGUGUGAGCAAAAGCCUG